AUGUUUUUCUUUGAUGUUAACUGCUUCUUAAUUGUUUUCCCACCAGUUUUAAAUGCUUUUUUAUAUUCUAUUGGUAUAUUGGAAGGUAAUCAAUUAACAUUACCAUUAAUCGAAAAUAAUAUUGAUCACGUUGGGAUGAUGUAUUUUAGCAUGCUUAUUGGCCAAUCAGUAGCAAUAGUAAUGGCAGUAGUAGUUGGCAGUAUUAGUCUUUCAACAUUUUUGAUUCUUGAAUUCUCUGUAUUAAUAAAAUCUUUAAGAGACAAAAUAGAGUGCAUCAUUUAUGUUGUUGGUUCGGUAUUUACGUUGUAUAUCAAUUUUUAUCUUGGACAAACUUUGUUGAAUCAUAGCAAUGCAGUUUUUGAAGAGUUAUGUAACGUGCCGUUUCAUAUGCUAUCUAUACAUUCCCAAAAACUGUUAUUAUUUAUGAUAGCAAGAAGUGGAAAGCCCAGUUUUUUAUCAAUUGGAAACAUGUUUGUCUCAUCUCAUGAAGUUUUUGCUGGGUGUUCUUCACGACAGUCGAAGUGCAACUGACCGAGAUUGCAAUCCUUAAACCCUUCUGCGCAUGUUCUGGGAUAUAGAAAGUAAAAGGUAUUUUUUCCCUUUAUUUAAUUAUGGGAAUGACCAUCUGUUUCAAUACAUGUGAACAGGUAUAUCUCAAUAGAAAACAUUGUACAUAGAGUAGCUAUAAGAUAAGAGGAUAUUAUUUUACCAGUAAUUAUAUUGAAUAAUUUAUAGUACCUCAAUCAUUACACUGAUUGUGUUAACUUUACA